AUGGUAUUUUCAGAUUUCAAUACCCUCCUUGAAAAGCUCACAAAGAAGAUCAACUGCAAGGAUGUUUACUACUGUCUUCCACAUGAAAGGUUGAGUGAAGGGUUAGGAGUAAUUCAUAAUGAAGGAUAUUACAGAGAGUUCCUUAAGGUUGGUAAUGGAAGCCAAGAAAAAAGAAUUAAUGUGUACAUUGAUCAGUACAGUGAACCCAUUUUCAAUUGGAUUGGGGCGGAGAAUCCUGAUAUAUAUGAUUCGGUUAUAGAGGAUGAAGAUGAAGUUAAUGAUUCCACAUUUCCGGAUGCGAUAUUACCUGACUAUGAAGAGAAUGAGGUGGUUUCAAGUAAGAAACCACUUGAUGAUUCAUUUCUUAAUGCCCUUUGUCACAAAAAGAAAUCGGAAGAUGGUUCCGAAACAGAUGCAACAGACGAAGAAGUUGAUGUGAAACCAAUGUAUCCUGUCCAUGAUCCAAACCAAAAUUGGAAAAAGAUGGUUCCUAUACUAGUAUGA